AUGUUCAACUUGUGUGAUGUUGCAACCUGUGGAUUCCAUGCUAGAGACCAGAGAACACUUCUGCUCUCUAUGCUGAGAGCAAGGAAUCCUCAGGUACAGAGUGAGGGGAAACUCAAGAGAAAUAUGAUGCCCCAGGCUUUACAAGGGAAAAGGAAUCAAGUCCAUAUAAUGAAGGCCAAGAGACGACAAAGAUUAAAUUCUGCACUUCCAGUUAGGCUGACCAGCUGCAUCUUCCCAAGGCCAGUGACUAGAAUAACUUCCCAUCUUGGCAAUGAGGUUAGACACCGUCGAGGGGAGGAGAACCUGGAGAAGCCCCAGCAACUCUGUGCGUACAGGAGACUAUGGAGUUCUGAAGCCUGCAGCAGUGAAAAUGAAUUUUUAAUUUUGUUGCAUUUCAUAAAUGACAUCAAAAUAAUUACACCAGGUGAGUCUCUGGGCCAUGCUAGUGCUGGGGGUCUGUACACUUACCCAAAGUUUGGCCCUGGUCAGCCUUUGGAUUGUGCAGAGAUGACUCCAGAAAGGACUCUUUAUUUCUCACCAUCUCUCUUUCCCAAAGAAGUAACAUCUACAGAUAUCCGGAGACAGACACGGAAAGUAAAGAAAGCCAGGAAGAAACUGGAAGAGGCCCUGAAGGUAGACAGACUCAUCAGGGACGCAGAGAGAGCAGGAAGCCCAAAGUAA